UGACGACUGAUCAGGUAUCAUAUAUCAGAGAUGGUACAAAUUGUAUCUUUUGCCAUGGUAUUCUCAUGAAAAAAAUUUCAUAUAGUUGAUGAUCGGCCGACUGGAAUCGGCCACGUUCCUUUGCUUGUGACCACGAUGACUCUCGUCUAUCUUUCUGCGUCCAGCUCACUGAAUUCUUCGCAUGGAGCGACACGAACUAGACAAACGCAGCCCUCAGUUGCUGCUGUUACGUGGCCCCCGCGGUGCUAUUCGUCAAUUCCUACCCUUGCUGAUGGGUCGCCUGAGACGGACAGAGACACGCUGAAGGCGAAGUCCAAGGCGUUGCGAAGGAAGGGCAAGCACGGCAACUUCUUAAUUUCGGAUGCGAAGAUCCUCUUGUUCAUACACAUAACACUGCCUUCAAUUCCGUUUUUGUGGGGUAGCCGAACGGACCGUGCUGCCAUGGUGGGACAUGCGCCUUUUCCGCGACACGACGUCCAUUCUAUGUUGCCCCAGCCACGCACGAGCUACGAAUCACGUUCGAUGAUCAAGGGUGCUUGGCCCGUGGGAUGCAGAACAAUUAACGGCAGGCAUCUUGUUCAUUGCCUUGGGCUCAAGCGCGCGCAUAUACCCAGCAUUCUUGACCGAUAGGGCAUCUUGAUUGCAACGUCAACUGCGUGGGUUGCUGGACAGCAUGAGGUGCUGCGCUACGCAUAGCCUUGAAUCGUGAGAAGACUCGGACUCGGAUAGUCAGCACCUGUAUGCUCCACCGCUGUUGCAUUCUUCUGGCCCCAGAUAUCGUUCAUCACGUUCGUCAUAGAAUUAG